GCAGCACGGCUGGAAGCAGGCUCACGGGAACGCGCACUAGUCUCGUUAGAGUCGUCCGGAGAGGGUGUGAUAACGAGCUGUUGAGAUUUUACCGUUUUCCACUGGACAUUUGGACAAGUCGCUGGACAUCUGAGGUCAGCAUGCGCGAGAUCGUGCACCUGCAGGCGGGCCAGUGCGGGAAUCAGAUCGGAGCGAAGUUCUGGGAGGUGAUCAGUGAUGAACACGGUAUUGACCCCACUGGCAGCUACCAUGGAGACAGUGACCUGCAGCUGGAUCGCAUCAGCGUUUACUACAAUGAAGCCUCUGGGGGAAAGUAUGUCCCUCGCGCCAUCCUUGUGGAUCUAGAGCCAGGAACCAUGGACUCUGUCCGCUCUGGUCCUUUUGGGCAGAUAUUCAGACCUGACAACUUUGUUUUUGGUCAGAGUGGAGCUGGAAAUAAUUGGGCUAAGGGUCACUACACAGAGGGUGCUGAACUGGUGGACUCGGUGAUGGAUGUGGUCCGCAAGGAAGCUGAGAGCUGUGACUGUCUGCAGGGCUUUCAGCUCACGCAUUCACUGGGAGGAGGAACAGGCUCAGGCAUGGGAACGCUCCUCAUUAGCAAGAUCCGCGAGGAGUAUCCCGACCGCAUCAUGAACACCUUCAGUGUGGUGCCGUCUCCCAAAGUGUCGGACACGGUGGUGGAGCCCUACAACGCCACGUUGUCCGUUCACCAGCUGGUGGAGAACACGGAUGAGACCUACUGCAUUGACAACGAGGCCCUGUACGACAUCUGCUUCCGUACUCUCAAGCUCACCACACCCACGUAUGGCGACCUCAACCACCUCGUCUCGGCCACCAUGAGCGGCGUCACCACCUGCCUGAGGUUCCCCGGACAGCUGAACGCCGAUCUUCGCAAACUGGCGGUCAACAUGGUGCCCUUCCCUCGUCUGCACUUCUUCAUGCCUGGCUUUGCUCCUCUCACCAGCAGGGGGAGUCAGCAGUAUCGCGUGCUCUCCGUCCCAGAGCUCACCCAGCAGAUGUUCGACGCUAAGAACAUGAUGGCUGCAUGCGACCCGCGCCACGGCCGCUACCUAACUGUGGCCGCCGUUUUCCGUGGUCGCAUGUCAAUGAAGGAGGUGGACGAGCAGAUGCUGAACGUGCAGAACAAGAACAGCAGCUAUUUCGUGGAGUGGAUCCCCAACAACGUCAAGACCGCCGUCUGCGACAUUCCACCUCGUGGUCUCAAAAUGUCUGCCACAUUCAUCGGCAACAGCACUGCCAUCCAGGAGCUGUUCAAACGCAUUUCGGAGCAAUUCACCGCCAUGUUUCGCCGCAAGGCCUUCCUGCACUGGUACACCGGCGAGGGCAUGGAUGAGAUGGAGUUCACAGAGGCAGAGAGCAACAUGAACGACCUGGUGUCCGAGUAUCAGCAGUACCAGGAUGCUACUGCAGAGGAGGGAGAAUUUGAGGAGGAGGGUGAAGAGGAGGCCGCCUGAUCAUCAUCUCUUCCACCUUAGCUUCCUCCCUCCAUUUUUUGAAUCAUAUGCCACAUCAUCUCAGUCCAGUGCUGUUAAACAGAGAAAGUCCACUCAAACUCCUGUGUGAUUCUCAUUUUAGUUGUCUCAUUUGCUUAAAAUCACAAUGGAUUUACUGAAUAAACACAUGACAAAUCUUCGUUCUAUAUGACUUUAUGAACAAACGUUCUUGAAAUAAAUUUAACUGAACGUCAGUAUUGUUUUAUUAUUAGUGGUGAAGUAUUAAUUAUUUCUAGCUGUCUAACAGCGCUUACCCAAACAUUUGAAAUGGUCAAUCAAAUUUAAAAAGGCAGGCUUGACAUUUCACAGAAGAAUUGUAGCGCAAGGCUUCAAAUUAACCUUUAACGUUCAGAGAGUACCAGUUAAGAAGUAGCUGAACAUGUAGGCUAAUAUUUAACAAUGCAUUUUUUACAACAGAAAUGUUAAACAAGUGACAGUAAUAGGCAAAAAAUGUAAUAUUUAACAAUGGUUUAAUGGCACAAAUGAUAAACAAGCGACAGUAAUAAUAAGAAAUGCAAAGUAUUCAAUCUUUUUGUCAAGUUCUGAUGAUUUGAAGUGAUUGAUUUGCAUAAUGUAAGUCAUAACUGAAUGACGAGACAAGAAACAGGAUCUUAUUCCCAAUAGAAAAGAUUCUUAUUUCCAAUUCCAUAUAAUAAAUAGACAAUUACAGUGACAAUUAUGAGAAUGUAAGAAAUUGUGAGACAUAAAGUCCUAAUAACAAAGUCAGAAUUAUCUUUUAUUUAUUUUUUACUCUGAUCAAAAUGAGCUUCCACAUCAAGUUGAUUAAUUCAAUUUAGAAUGUUCUUGGAAUAUCAUCUGGGCCUAACCAUUUUAAAUAAGACU